AUGCCCUCCAACGAUCCCUUGCAGCAUCCCCAACUGGCGCCGUCAAAUCAGCUGUUCGGCGCACUCGCUGCGGCCCGCCUUGCUGCUGCUCUCCCCCACUCCAUCCCGCCUUUUUCCUCACGCACGCACUUGCGCCCUGCGAACCCACCUUGCCUCGUCCCCAACAAAAACACCACCGAGACGCAUCACCACCACGCAAACUGCGAUCAAGACAAGCAUCAAGAACCAGCAAUCAAGAAUCAACAGCACAAACCACAGCAUCCACCAGAUCUCUACCGAGGCAAACCCCCGACCACGCCACGCUCCGCCACCCCGCCAGCCUCGUCUCGUCUCGUCUCGUCUCGUCUCGUCUCUUCUACUCGUCUCUUCUUUUUCCUCUUCUCGUCUCUUCUUUUCAAUCCCGCAGCCAUGCCAAACUCCCUCAGCCUUCCCUUCCGACUCCCCUUCAACCUGCCCUUCAAGCUGGACCUCGACUCCAAGGCCCUCUUCGUGCUGGCCGCGUCCCUCGUCGCCGCCGUGCCAUGCAUCUACAUCUGCACCGCCAGCGCCGUGCGCAACCGCUUCCCGGAGCUGCUGGAGAAGCGCGUGUGCCUGCUGAUUGCGCAUCCCGAUGACGAGGCCAUGUUUUUCGCCCCGACGGUGCUGGCGCUGGCGCGGCCGGAGACGGGCAACCACGUCAAGAUUUUGUGUUUGAGCGCAGGAAAUGCCGAAGGCCUCGGCGAUACCAGAAAGAAGGAGCUCGUCAAGAGCGGCCUGGCCCUGGGCCUGCGAGACGAGUCCGACGUCUUUGUCGUCGACAACCCCAAGGACUUCCCCGACUCCAUGACGACGCACUGGGACGAGACCAAGAUCGCCAACCUGCUCACCAAGGCCUUUGCGCCGCAGUUGGCGCACCAACGAGCCGAAAACAUGUCUCAGCCCACGGCCAACAUCGACGCCCUCAUCACCUUUGACGGCCACGGCGUGUCGUCUCACCCCAACCACAUCUCGCUCUACCACGGCGCGCGGGGCUUCGCCAAGGCCCUCACGGAGGGCAAGCCCGAGUGGAAGAGCCCGGUCGACGUCUACACACUAAACACGGUCAACCUGCUGCGCAAGUACUCGGGCGGCCUGGACCUCUUCACCACCAUCGCCUCGUCCUUGUUCACGCGCGACAAGGACCCCGAGCACCCCGAGACGCUCGUCUACACCAACAACAUUGUCGGACCCGAGCCCAAGCUGGGCACCGCCUGGUCCGCCAUGACCACCGCCCACAAGAGCCAGAUGGUCUGGUUCCGCUACUUGUGGCUCGGUUUCAGCCGAUACAUGCUGGUCAACGACCUGCACCUGGAGAAGGUCGACCAAGAUAACUAG